AUGCCUCCGUCAAAGGGCAUCAGGUCCUCGCGAGCGUCGGGGAUCGCUUCUCCGACCUUUAUCCAAGUCAGGGGCCCUGGUGACUCGUCGUGGCGCAAGGCAGUUCGCUCUCAGGCGGCGUCGGCGCGUCAUUCGGCUGCUCGACGGCAGCGUCUCGUUGACCACCAGCAGCACCAGCAGCAGCAGGCUGAUGCAGCGCAAGAGGUUGCGGCGGAUGAAGUAGCUUGUAUCCUGCAAAACCCAGAGAGCCUAUGCGGCAUCAGGAGCGUGGAUCCAUUCGAUAGCCUGGGCAGGUCCACGACACGCACCGAAUGCUUCCUCAUGAAUCACUUUCUGCAACAUCUAGCAACUCACGCCACAAUCCUCAUCGAGGCAGACGCCGAGACUCUGAGUUAUACAGGCAUGAGGCUUGGUUGGGUGCAGCUUUCCGUUACUGAUGGAGAACUGCUCAAUGCCCUCUUCCUCUCCACAUGUGGGAACCUCAUUGAGCUUGGCGCCACUGGCGACUAUUAUAAGCGUGCAUUGGCCUAUAGGGCUGAGUGUAUGCACACCGUCAAUGAAGCUCUAUCCAAUGAAACGUCGAAUCCGAAAACCAGUACUAUUCUUAUCGUCGUAGCCUUGGCUCUAGACGCUAUGAAAUUCGGAGACUUGUCUGUUGCGAAAAGGCACUGUGAUGCGGUGAAUCUCAUGGCCCAAAUGCAAUGGGAUUCGCAGACGUUCGGUGCAAGGGAAGCAUCGAGUCCUCUUGGACCGUGGGCACAAUCUGUCACCAAGCGCAUACUAAAUUGGCAGGGCAAACGGCAUCCAUGCUCAUCGCCUUUGCUCUCCUCCUAUCUCAUCAGCGAAUAG